AUGUCUGCGAGUCGAGCCAAGAAAGUGAAGAUGGCCACCAAGUCGUGCCCCGAGUGCGACCAACAGGUUCCUGUUGCAUGUAAGUCAUGUCCCUGUGGUUACAUAUUUAUUAGCAGAAAACUUUUAAAUGCAAAGCACCCAGAGAAAUCACCACCUUCAACAGAGAACAAGCACGAGGCCAAGAGGAGGCGCACGGAGAGAGCCAGGAGAGAGAAGAUGCACCCGACAGGAAAUAAGGACUUGGAAAACAGGAAGAGGUCCCGGAGCAACAGCCACUCAGAUCCCAGCAGGCGAGGCCGAGGAAGGCCUAAGAGUGCAUCUGCCAAAAGACACGAGGAAGAAAGAGAAAAACAGGAAAAGGAAAUUGACAUCUAUGCUAACCUCUCUGAUGAAAAGGCUUUUGUGUUUUCAGUCGCCUUGGCAGAAAUAAAUAGAAAAAUUAUCAAUCAAAGACUUAUUCUCUGA